CAAGUGGAAAGGUGGUACUGCGCAAGGAUCACAACCCUCGGAAUCUCUAUGAUCUAGUGUCCCGGAUGUGUGGCCCUUCCGCCGUUUACGCAUGCGCAGAGACUCUGAAGCGGGGGGGGGGGGGGGGGGGGGGGGGGGGAAGUGGUGGCAAAGAAUCUGGCCCCGCCGGGUGCCGUUGGGCUCAGGGGCAGGUUCUUGCCGUCAUGUCUGCGGGAGGCUUGUUGGAGAAGCCGCAGAUCAUCGCCCAUACACAACACAGCUUGAAUUACACCGUCUUCGAUUGCAAAUGGGUGCCCUGCAGCGCUCGCCUCCUUUGCUUGGGCAAUUUCCCGCGCGGCACCGGCGUCAUUCAGCUCUACGAGCUGCAAGGCGGCCGCCUCGUCCUCCUCCGCGAAAUUGAAAAAUCACGACCUAUUAAAUGUGCAACCUUUGGGGCUGCUUCUUUGCAACAAAGAUACUUAGCUACUGGAGAUUUUGGUGGAAAUUUAAAUAUAUGGAAUUUGGAAGCUCCAGAAAUACCAGUAUAUUCUGUGAAGGGGCAUAAGGAAAUCAUAAAUAGCAUUGAUGGAGUUGGUGGUCUGGGAAUUGGUGAAGGAGCCCCAGAAAUUGUGACAGGAAGUCGUGAUGGGACAGUGAAAGUCUGGGACCCAAGACAAAAAGAUAUUCCAGUUGCCAAUAUGGAGCCAGCACAAGGAGAGAGCACAAGAGACUGUUGGACAGUUGCCUUUGGCAAUGCAUAUAAUCAAGAAGAACGGGUUGUAUGUGCUGGCUAUGACAAUGGGGACAUCAAGUUGUUUGACCUUAGAAAUAUGACAUUACGAUGGGAGACCAACAUUAAGAAUGGGGUCUGCAGUGUUGAAUUUGACAGGAAAGAUAUAAAUAUGAACAAAUUGGUAGCUACAUCGCUUGAAGGAAAAUUUCAUGUUUUUGAUAUGAGAACUCAGCAUCCAACUAAAGGUUUUGCUUCUGUUUCAGAGAAGGCUCACAAAUCCACUAUGUGGCAAGUUCGGCACUUACCACAGAACAGAGAUGUCUUUGUGACAAGUGGAGGAGCUGGAAACCUUCAUCUCUGGAAGUAUGAGUAUCCUGCACAGCGCUCUAAGAAGGAUUCAGAAGGAACAGAAAUGGGAGUAGCAGGUUCAGUUAGCCUUUUACAGAAUGUGACAUUAUCAACCCAGCCAAUUUCGAGUCUAGACUGGAGUCCUGACAAACGUGGUCUCUGUGUUUGCAGCUCAUUUGAUCAGACUGUGAGGGUACUCAUAGUCACAAAAUUGAACAAAAUUUGACAGGAUUUCUAACAACAAAAAACGUUCAUGGGUGUCCUUGAACAAACUUAGAAAUUUAAUGAGAAGUCAGAAGAUGUGAAAAAGUUUUCCUCGACUAUGGAUUUUACCUUUCUAGAAAAUGCACUUGUGGUUUAACAUAUUAAGACCUAUUCACUGUUAUAGAUGCUUUUAAAUCCAAACCACCUAAUGCUUAUAGUAAAAUUAUUGCAGUAUAACAACUUUUCUUUAAAUGAAUUAUUUUAAUUAUUUUGAAUUUGUAAGUACUUUAAAUACCUUGUUUAUUACUAUGUUUUAGAUUACACUGAUUAAAAUCUGAACAAAUGUUUUAAUAAAUUUGUUCUUUUGACUACCUGUUUACACAUUAACAUGUGUUCAGAUCAGUAAAUAUUCUGCCUUUAAAAAAAAUGUCCUUAAAAUGUGUGAUUGAGAUAUUAUACAUGUAAUCAGAUUGAUGUCAUUUAAAUAGAUGUAAUUUACCUGAUAUAUAUAAUUCUUAAGAGUGUCAAAUAAAAAAAUUGUUUUUUGGAUUAUUUAA